AUGAGUGACGUGAGAAGAUGUCGUCGUUGUAAAAGGAAGAGAAUGGACGAUGAACCCCCUGAAGUGAGAUUAUACAAGACUUGCGCCAAGUGUCGAAUUAUCGAAAGGCAAAAAAAGAAACUGAGGAAGCCAUUGGCGGAGGAAACAAUGCUUUAUGGCAUGAAACAGUUUCAACAGCAGAGUCAGAAUGGUACGUUAGGAGCAGAUGAGAUAUUCAUGGACGAUGAAAUUUUUGACGGAAAGGUGAAAGCUCAAGAGAUGUCUGCUCCAACUCCUAGUCAACAACAAUUCUCGUUGUAUAAAUUCCUGUCUGCUCCGACACAGAGUGGUUCAACUCCAAGACAUACGCCAUUGUCUCAACAGACAGCGCGACCAUCUCAACCAUUCUACAAUAGCCAGAUUCCACUGUCUCACAUCGAUAGAUCACAGCAAGUGGACACAGUAAGACUGCAUUUGGUACAGCCGGCCAACAAUGUUUCAAUGCCAGUAGAUAAGGUUUCAGCUGCUUAUAAACAACCAAAGAGUUGUGAAAUAUGCUCUUCAAAGUUGGAUUCAAAUGACGAUCUCAGUAUGAGCUAUAACUUGUGCUCAAAAUGUUAUACUAAUCCAUAUCGGUUGAAUAAUGUGUUUGGAAAUUUUGAUGAAUUCAUUUCUCAAAUACAGAAGAACAGAAACAAAAACUUAGAAAACUAUGUUUUUGUGAAGGAAUUAGAUAACAAUUUCCAAGGUAGCUUAAACCUUCAUAGCAAGAAUAUAGCCAAUGAAAAGCAGUAUAGGGAUUUGCUAUUGGAAAACAUCAGAAUAAUUUACUUAGAACCUGUGAUUGCUGCCAUAGUUAAUAAGUUCAACCAUGUUUCAACAAAUACAAAUGAUCCUAAUCUAUUGGCGACUAAUUUCCGAAAUGUUAAUUCCAUAAAAUGCUGGUACAAAUGUUACAAAGAUUCGCAACUAAAAUGCAAUUCAAGCUUGUAUUUGAACUAUAAUAUAAACUUCAAUUUACUUAUUAUAAAGUUCAACCACCAAGUGCACAAGCUUUCGAGAAUCUAUCCUGAAAACUUCAUUAUAGUGACGGAACAAAUAGUAGAUGAGAUGAAGGAGAAAACCGAGAGAGCUGAAGUAGAUUAUAACUUCCACACAGCUCAUUUAGUCUAUGAGAAGUUGUUCUCUGACUUGAGCAAAUUCAACACUGACAUACAGACCUUCAUCAAAUCCUUAAAUAAAGAAGACUUUAUUAAUGACUUUAUGAACUUCAAGCGUUUGACGGAACCCGACAGCAGCAAGGUGGCCAAGCCACUUGAUUCUAAAAAAGCAGAUGAAGCAAAGCCGGAGAAUGACGCUCAUGACGGAGUCGUGCAUGGGAACGAUGUCAACGGAGAUGAAGACGAUGAAGAAGAAGAAGAAGAAGAAGAAGAAGAAGACGAAGAGGAUGACGAAGACUCAGAAGAAGCACACGAGACACAAGAUGGAGAUACUGAGUCGGAGAGCGAUAACAAACAAGAUCAAUUUGGUACAGAGAAAGACUCAGAAGAAGGGGAUCGCAUCCAACAACGCGAAAAUGUCCUUAGCUCAUCGGAAAUUCACUCUGGAAUUACUCCUUCUAACGCAAUAACUCCCCAAAAUGCCGUACCUUCUGGUGCAAACCUAGAUCCAGUCUUCAAUCAUUAG